UUUAGCGAGAAUACCUUUUUUCAUAAUCACACUCCUCCCCUCCCUUGUUUUUCUGCCUCGCGAGAUAGUAUGUCCUAAAUACUCCCUGUAGCCUAGGCCACUGUGAGUGAAAACGGAGUGUGUUCUCUUUCCCGCGGAACUCCUGAGGACACAACUCCAAUUACUUGAAUGCCUGAAUCGGACUACGUUUCCCGUGAGCACGCGCAGCCCACGCUCCUCCUCGCCCGUACAGCGUUUGAUCUCAGUGGACGGUGGCCGGAAAAGGACAAUGGUUUCCAUGUCAGCGGAUAAACGCGCUCGCCUUGGCUCCCGAACCAGAGGGAGGAUGCAGCAGAGACUGCGUGCUGAAAAGCGAGGAAGCAACUAAAGGAGUCGGUGACCGAUAGAGCAAGAGCCAUGCCACGCCGGGGCCUAGUGGCCGGGCCAGACUUUGAGUAUUUUCAGCGCCGCUAUUUCACGCCGGCCGAGGUGGCCCAACAUAACCAGCCGGAAGACCUCUGGGUGUCUUACCUGGGAAACGUGUACGACCUAACGCCGUUGGCACAGGAGUACAAGGGAGACCUGCUGCUGAAACCCAUCGUGGAAGUUGCGGGCCAGGACAUAAGUCACUGGUUUGAUCCAGACACCAGAGAUAUCCGCAAGCACGUAGAUCCGCUGACCGGUUCCCUGAGAUACCGCACCCCGUGGGGCCGCUUUCUGCACGUGCCGCCUCAGCUGCCCCGUUCGGACUGGGCCAAUGAUUUCGGGAAGCCUUGGUGGCAGGGGUCGCGUUACGAGGUGGGGCGGCUGUCCGCCAAGACCCGGAAUAUCCGCAUCAUUAACACGCUCACGUCGCAAGAGCACACUCUGGAGGUGGGGGCCCUGGAAUCAAUGUGGGAAAUCCUACACCGCUAUCUCCUCUAUAAUGCACAUGCUGCCAGCUACACAUGGAAAUAUGAAGGGAAGAACCUGAACAUGGAUUAUACCCUGGAAGAGAAUGGUAUCCGGGAUCAGGAGGAAGAAUUUGAUUAUCUCAGUAUGGACAGUACACUCUACACACCUGCAGUACUGCUGUACUUCAGUGAUGACCUCACAGAGCUAUAGAAAGGGAGAUGUAUGCUCAUGUAGGCUCAAGACAUAUUCUGAGUUUAGCUGUUUCUGUGACCUGUAGGAAAAGAGGUGGGGAUGGGGCGGGGAGGGCGGUACCUGGACCUAGACCUCCAUUCUACUCUGGGAGCUGGCCUGAGGUUCCCAUGCCCUACUGAAGUGUAAAGGUCCUAUUCCUCGGGUUAGUUACAAUUUACUCUGAGAAAGUUAGGAAGAAUGCUAGAAGUGAAUUAAUUUUUAGGAAUGAUACAAGAAAAUAAAGUAUCUUAGAUCAUGGAGAUGUAGAAGAGGAUAGUCAGAUAGAGCUCAGGCAGAACUUUUCGAUAGUAAGAGAAAGAGAAGUCCUACACAGGGAUGAGGGAUGGAAGAACUUUUCUGGCAAUGAUGGAAAUGGGAUGGCUGCAGGAAGAUGGGAUUUACAAAGACAGGAAUAGGAAAUGUCUAUCACUGGCCAUAUAAAACUGGCUAAUCUCUCUCCUGAAUAGUAUUUGGCAGCUGAAACCCAAGAGGAACAAAGGAAGUGAAUGGUCACCAGGUAAUUCAGGCUAGAUAUUAUGCUAUGUGCUUUAUACACAUCAUUUAAUACAACUAUCCAUAAGACAGAUACCAUUACCACUACUUACAGAUAAAUCUUCUGAAACUUAGUAAGAUUUAAUAGCACAAAAGGCACACUACUUAGUAACCAGAUUGCAAACCCAGGUCUCCCCAAUUCCAAAGUCUAGGUUCUUCUCAAUGUCCAGGCUCACUGCACAAGGGGAACCUAUAGGCCUAUUGUGUAGUCAGCCGUGGUGUUGUGCUUUUUGGUUUUGUUUUUUUAGUUAUUGUCUUUGGAAGGGACUUAGCAGAGUUCUACAGUGGUAGAGAGGACACGGGGAAGGCCAAGUGUCAGCUGAGUAAUAGCUAUUGAGGCUACUUCAUGGUUAAUCCCGUAGCAAAACUUUCCUCUGACUUUUCUGAGGCAAAGAGGUGGGUAUAUACUGAUUCCAGGAAAAUUAGAGUGGGAAAGGGCUCUUGGAUUGGGACACUUUAGAAGGGGGAGAAAAAAGGAGGCAACAGCAUGUAUAUUCAUGAUGGGCCUGUGCCUCUGAGGGGAAGAUGAGGAAGACAGGGUCGACUUUGCCAGAUGGUGACUCUACAAGGAGGGGCUUGACAGAGGUGCUGUAAAGAGAGGAGCUAAUUAAGGCAGAAGACUCUGGUGUUCAAGAGAGAACAACCAUGGAGGGCAGUGGUCAGAUUUGGUCCGCUGUGACCUAAGCAGGGCAGGGGAAUGAGAAUCACAGGUGAAUUUCUUGACAGUAGCAGGCAAAGAAGAAGCAGGGAUGUUAGUGCAUCUUCGUGGAAGGUGGCCCCCUAUGAGACACUGGGUAGGCUGCAGAGGAGUGUGCUGAGGGGCUGACUAUGAACGGCAUGGACAGAGGUGGAGACAUCUGUAUCCACCUGCAGUUGUUUCAUGUGUAUCUUGUUUGCUCAAUUAAACCCUAAACUAUUUGAGAACCAAAGCUAUGCUCUUGCUGUAACCCCAGCCUCAGGGCCUGUGCCUGUGGGAUCUGCCCAAACUCGUCCUUCUUCCAGGGUUUCCUACUUUAGUACCUCUCGCCAGAAACACAUCCCUUUCCUCACACACCCAGUCACUCUCCAAGUAGAUUCUAUCUCCUAAACAUCUCUGGAAUCCAUCUUCUUUUCUCGAAGCUGUUAUCAUCCCCUCUGGUCUGGACUGCUGCGAUAACUUCCUAACCAGUCCUCCCAUUUCCUCUUCUGUCCUCCACACACAGCAGAGUGAGCUCUGAAAAACAAACCUAAACAUCUAACUUUCCUCCUUCAGAUUCCUCAGUGGAUUCCAGCUGCUUUUGGAAUCAAGUGCUAAAUCCAAAGACCUUGCAUAUAUCAGCCUCUACCUUGCAUCACCCCUCUUUGUUCACUGGCUUUCUGUUCACUAAAGGUUUUCUUGCCUCAGAGCCGGCACACAGGCUGUUCUCUCUGCUUACAACACUGUUCCAUUUCCCACCUUGCUAAUCCUACGUGUUUCUUCCUCACAGAGACUUUUCUGAUUUCUCGAUGCAGGUCAGGACUUCGUUAAAUUUCAGAGCACUUAUUACAAUAGUAAUGUUAAAAUUAUACAUGUAAUUGGCUGGCUGGCUGGCUGCUAGAUUGUAAGCUCAUUGAGGGCAGAGAUUGUGUCCAUCUUGUUCACUGCUGUAUUCCCAGUGUUGGACACACAGUUGCUGCUCAAUAAAUUCUGACUGAAUGAACUCAAAUGUUAAGUGAAUUCCUCUGCCUCUAGUAACUAGUGGAUGGGAUGUUGUGUCCUGGGAGAGCAAGGUGGGACCAAGAAAUAGGAUGUCUGGAUCCUAUGCUGUCAUCUCUAUCCACGGGUUUCUCUUUCCCUGUUCGCCAUAGAUCCAAGACCAAAAAUUACUCCAUAGAGGUUCUUCCUCUCACCAGAUUUUUGGGGCAAUCGACCUGUCUUUUCUCUAUAUGGCCACCAGGUGGCUGUAGUCUCCUACAGAGUGAAGGGAAAGGGGCCCGGAUGAGGGAAAACACUUCCAAGUUCUUAACAGGUUAGGAUUAAAGGUAGCCUGUGGAAACGUACAGGUGAGAGGGAAGGAUCAGAAAAAAAGGGAAAACAACACGGGCACUAUUCUAUUAGC